AUGAACAGACGCGAGACGAAUGCGACGUGGCUCUCGUGGGGCGGCAAUGGCCGCGGCACAGGUGGACGCGCCGUGACCGCUGGGGGCGCCGCCGAGCUGGGCCGCCCACGACACCCGCUUUCCGUGCUCGGCCUGUUCGACCUGGACGCGCCGCGGUGCGCGACGGCUUGCGGUCGCGGCCCGCUGGAAGGGCGCGCCGAUCUGGCGGCGGCGCGGCUGGCGCUGCAGCACGUCAACCGGCGCCGCCUGGUGCCCGGCUACCGGUUACGGCUGAUCACCAACAACACCAAGUGCAGCCCCGGGGUCGGGGUGGAUGCUUUCUUCCACGCGCUGCACACUCGCCAGUCAAGCAAGAUGAUCGCGCUGCUAGGCACCGGCUGCUCAGAGGUGACCGAGCAGCUGGCCCAGAUCGUGCCCUACUGGAACAUACUGCAGAUGUCGUUCGGCUCUUUCUCACCGGCGCUCAGCGACCGUACAUCAUUCCCUCUGUUCUUCCGCACGUCUCCGCCAGAGUCGGCCCACAACCCUGCACGACUGGCCUUCGUAGCGUACCACAAGUGGGACGCUGUCGCAACUCUCAGCCAAAACUCGGACGAACAUACGCUGGCGAUCAACGACUUGGUCACCGAACUGGAAAACAAUAACAUCACGUUGCUGGCAACAGCGACAUUCGACAUCAACGACUACCAAGAACAGCUGCAAACACUCAAGGAUCGAGAUGUCCGAAUCAUCAUCGGGAGUUUUGCUCCGUCAAUAGCGCGCAGGAUCUUUUGUGAGGCGUACCGGCUGGGCAUGUACGGCGACGACUACGCCUGGCUGCUGUACGGUGGCGUGGCGGAGCGCUGGUGGCGCCGGCCGAGUUCGGGGGCGUUUCGGCGGGGGCUGCGGCGGCGUCGGGUGCCCGUCACCCGCACGGCCGCGCUGGCCUAUGACGCUCUGUGGAGCGUGGCUCUGGCGCUCCGGCACACCCAGCGCGAGUGGCGCGCCCGCGGCCUCAGCCGCUCUCUCCACCAGUUCGACUACAGCCGGGCUGACACGGCUCGGGACCUGUUCCGCGCCACGCAGAGGCUCAACUUCACCGGCGUCUCGGGACCAGUCAGCUUCAACGGGGCCGAUCGCAGGGGUCUCAGCGCCUUCUAUCAGCUACGAGGCGGGAACCUCAGCCUGGUGGCGCUGUACGACCCGCGGCCGGCGGCGCUGGAGCUGCGCUGCGCCGCCUGCGCCGCCGUCUGGUGGCCGGGCGGCCAGGCGCCGGUGGCGCGCCGGCUGCUGGUGACGCGCGUGGUGACGGUGUCGCGCGCCGCCCUGCUGCCCAUCGUUUGCCUGGCCUCGCUCGGCGUCCUGCUCUCCGGCGUCUUCUUCGCCUUCAACGUCUACUACAAGCACAUGAAGCAGGUGAAGCUGUCCAGCCCGAAGCUGAACAGCAUCACCGUGGUGGGCUGUAUGCUGGUGUACGUGGCCGUGGUGCUGCUGGGCCUGGACUACGCCACCCUGUCCAGCACCGGACACUUCUCCAUCGUCUGCACGGCCCGGGUGUACCUUCUUAGCAUCGGCUUUUCCCUGGCGUUCGGCGCCAUGUUCGCCAAGACGUUCCGCGUGCACCAGAUCUUCGUCGGCAGCCGGACUGGGGUCAUCAAGAACAGGAUGCUGCAGGACACGCAGCUGAUGUCACUCAUCCUGGUGCUGCUGCUGUUCGACUGCGUCAUCGUCACCGUCUGGGUCACGUUCGACCCCAUGCAACGGCAGCUACGCAACCUCACCAUGGAGUAUUCGGCUUGGGAUAGAGGUGUAGCAUACCUGCCCCAGGUCGAAGUGUGCUACUCUCAGCACGAACACAAGUGGCUGGGCGCCCUGUACGCCUACAAAGGUCUGCUGCUCACAGUGGCGGUCUACAUGGCCUGGGAGACCAGAGGUGUCAAGAUACCGGCGCUCAACGACUCGCGCUACAUCGGCCUCAGCGUGUACAACGUUGUCAUCACCAGCGUCAUCGUGGUUACCAUGGCCAACGCCGUCUGGGAACGCGUUACGCUGGCCUUCGUGCUCAUCACUUCGCUCAUCAUCAUGUCCACCACUACCACACUCUGCCUGCUUUUUGUGCCAAAAAUCCAUUCCAUCAUCUACCACGCCGACCAGGACCCGGUCACUGGCAGUCUGGGCCUCAGGGUGGAGAGCAACACCCGCAGGCUACUGGUGGACGAUCGUAAAGAGAUCUACUACCGCGCAGAGGUGCAAAACCGCUGCUACCGGCGGGAAGUGAUCCAGCUGGAUCGUGAGAUCACUGGACUGGAGCAGGAGCUGAGUGUGGCGCAGCGGUCGCCAUCCAGCACGGGGUCAUCAGAGAGUGAUCUCUCCGAGGUCUACACUUGUUCGGUGACGAGCCAUCUGGCGGCUGACGACCAGGAGGCUGAGCUUCUCCUGAUGCAGUUUCUGCCAAGGUCGGCAGCGGCGCCGCCUCCCCCGCCGCCGCCGUCUGGCCGCUCUCUCUGCGCCUCGCUGCCCGCUCUGCACCUGCCCGAGGGGUCGGCGCCGGCGGCGGCGAGGCAGCAGUCCAGCCAGCUGCGCGACGGCCUGCGGCGGCUGCAGCAGAGCAGCCUCAGUGACCGGUUUCCUGUGACGUACCGCAUUCAGAUCCGACCGCGGCGGACGGCCGAUGCCACAAACGGUCGCCUGUAUUAA